UCGUCCUCUUACUUGUGUUCAUACAUAUGUAUGUAAGUUGUUUUUGUUCCCGAUGGCAAAUUCUUCAAGAAAUAUUUCUUGUUUUAUUUUGUCCUUUUUACUAAUGGCGUCAUUUAGUCAAUAUUUGGAUGCAAGGUCAACAUACAAGAUAGGCGUUCUUAUUCCAUUUAAUAAUGGUGAAUAUUGUCCAAGUUAUGGGCUGUUGUAUGCUCCUGCUAUACAAGUAGCAAUGGAGGACAUUAAGAAGGACAAGACAUUAAACUUUAACAUAAAUUUGGUGUGGAAUGACACAUAUUGUGAUGAAUUUCUCAGUAUAAAACAGCAAAUUUGGCAACUUACUAAUGGUGUUGAUGCGUUUGUUGGACCAGUUCUUAAUUGUCUGACAGCAGCCAACAUUGCUUCUGCUUUUAAUAAACCAAUGAUGUCUUUUGCAUGUUCAGAUAGUCAAACAAUUGGGAAUAUAAAUACUGUGGCCAAAACAUCACUUUCAAUCACGCAUAUCUAUCAUCCAUUGAUGGCUGUUUUAAAGAAGUUUAACUGGAAGAAAGUUGCGAUAGUUUAUCAGAAAGAUGGCUCUAAUUGGGAACAUAUUUAUGAUUAUGUUCAUAAGAAAAUGAAUAGACAUGAAAAAGUCACAAUUACAUUGGUUGAAGAUCAUGAGGUUGAUUAUCAAAGAUUUCAUAAUAACGAUUAUACCCAUGUUCGUGAAUCUGUCAAAAAGAUUAGUCGAAAAGCUCGAAUUGUGAUUUUGUUAACUGAGCAUCAUUUGACUGUUGAGUAUGUCUUGGCUGCAUAUGAAGAGAAAUUAAUUCAAACUGGGGAAUAUGUUUUCAUUUGCUUUCAACUAAAUCUACAGGGAACUUAUAAAAGGAGCCAGAUGAAAUGGUAUUUCAGGGGUUUCUCCAGUAUCAGUAAAUUAGAAGAAAUUAUGGAUGCUUUUGGAUCUGUGUUGAUAAUUCAACCGCGUGUUGGUUCUUAUGGCUUUAAAACCACUGAUCGUUACGAAAAAUUUUCAAAUAAAGUGAAAAAACUCAGUUUAUAUCCUCCAUUUAAGAGCAGAUGGUAUACAGGAUGCAUGGUGUGCAAGAAUUCAUCCCAAUUUGUUUGCUCUAUGCAAGACUGUAAAACACCAUUGAACGAAAGUGACGUACCAGUAGAAGCUGGAAAUUUAUAUAAUGCCAUUCGAGAGUAUGUUUAUGCAUUAAACAAGACGUUAGCCAAAGGUGAAGAACCAAAUGGAAGAAAUAUCAUCGCCAACUUGAAAGGACAUACAUUUGACAGUGUUUUUGGUUUUAAAAUGAAAUUUGACAACUACUCUAACGUCAUGUUUAACAUGACGUUGUUACAUCAAGAAUAUGUGAAUGGAACGAAAGAGAAGAGCAAAUGUGAACCAUUUGAUGCAAUGAAGCCUUGUAAAGUUAUGAAAGAAUUGGCGAGUUUUUGGUUGAAUGAGAAAAAUCAUGAUGAACAAAGUUAUCAUGGUCUCAAAAAGAAGAUCGCGUGGUAUAAACACUUUGGCCUUCCGAAGGAUACACCAGAUUGUGGAUUUAACAACGAGUUAUGUAGAAACAAAAAAAAAAAAUCCAACAAUUGGAUUAAAAUUGCAGGAAUAUUUUGUGGUGCUUUUGCUGUGUUCAUUUUACUCUUCAUUGUUUUAGUCCUUGUAUUCAGGAUGAAGAAUUGUUACACUCACAGUGAAAUAUGAAGAAAACAUCAAAGUUUCAGGAUAUGUCGUACGUACAAAUAGGAAGAAAAAAGAUCUCUUGUGAUGUGACUUUUUUCUUGACAAAAUUUAAUGACUUGAAUAAUUUCAAAAUUUGAAGUCCCCAGAUUUAAAAUAUAAAAGUGUUGUAAGUAUGUGAUCAUAAAUACAAAAUGUAAAAAAAAAUAGUUAGAUUAUGUAUGAAUGAAGCUAACAUCAGAACUUUAAAAAUGUAUAUAUAUGGAUAUAUUUGACGAUUUAUGUUGAUUUAUUGAUAUUACGAACAAUGACGUCAUGUUAAAAUCAAUUCAUCAGUUAAUCAGUUAGUUCAAAAACAAGCAAUGGAUAUCUUAGAACGAUGAUGGAUUUUUGAGUACAGUAAAGAAUGAUUGAAAGGUGGUCUAUGGAGAGUACUAAAGAGAUGUUGAAGGACAUCAAUUGAUAUUUGUUCACUCGGGGAGCUGAGAGGUAUGGAGAAAAGAUUGACAUUUUGGUCUUUUCUGACAAUGAAUUCAUCAAAUACAUUAAUUGCCAAAGGAUAAA